AUGACAGUCGUCAGUUCUUUAAAUCAGUCUAGCUUAUGCCUCCGGGAUGAAAUCCCGAAGCAACAUCGUGCUAAGGUAUGUUCCGAACAUCCUCAGUUAAAAAAUUUGAUAUCUACUCAAUAUACCGGAGAAGAAUUCAACCCUAUCUAUUACACCAAUGACUACUUCAUUUGGAAAAUAUACCCCAAUUCAGAAAAAGUUUUUCAGGUUGGACACAUGCUGACGUAUCAGCCCGUGUGCUUGCUUGGGAAAUGUGGCUACAUAGCUUCAGGUGGUUUAGCCGGUCAGUUUGAUUAUUGGUCCCCCAACUUAAAGCAUAAGCAUUUGGAACUUGGUCCAUAUUAUAACAACGGCAUUGAAAUUCACAAACGGCUUUCAGACGAUCAGCCUGAGGCGUUGAUCUCAACAAACGAUCGCUCCGUUAAAGUCGUUGACCUUACUUCCGGAAUAUUAACGAGAAACCUUCGUCACCAUGUGAAUAUGAAUCAUGCGUCUGUUAGUAAUGAUGGCCGAUACAUGGUUUGUGUCGGUGAUUCGCCGGAUCUGUUUUUUUACGAAAUAACUCGAUCCGGGGACUACAUGCUUCGACACACAGUGCAAGCCAGUACGAAAGACUCUUCAAUUUGCACUAGUAUUUCACAAAACAACGAGAUGUUUGCUUGCGCUAGUCAAGAUUCUAGCCUCAGCGUUUUUGAUGUUCGGUACAUGAAAGUUCCCAUGUUGACAAAAACAACAUCGCAAAAUCAACCUGAUGGAAGCGUCCGGAGUUGCCAUUUUACGCCUCCCAACUCUGGUCCAUUAGAUUUACUGCUGUAUACGGAAGGCACAAGAGUGUCUCAUUUAUUGGAUUUACGUACCAAUAGAGAUGUUGAGCUUGUUUUACCUGAUGAAGAGAAUCGACCCUUUUCUAAUUCACAAGGGAUCUGUGGAUCCUGCUUUGCAGAUGAUGGUUCAUCGGUAUAUGUUGCUUCUGCAACUCACUUGUACGAAUGGAAUAUUGACAAGAAAAGCCGAAAAUCCUUUCCUUCCUACGCGUUUGCUUAA